UGAAGCAGGCCGACAAGCCCACCUGUCUGCAGGGCCGUUGACUGACAGGUGAAUAGCCCAGUGUGUGGUGGGGCAGCGGUGAUGGUGGGGCAUCCUGUUUCUCUCGGUCUGCUGCUGCUGCUAUGUGAUAGCCGGAGUUUUAUUCCCUGUCUCAGGCAGCAGACAUGCUGCCUCCCCUGCCAAGCGGCAAGUGCUGGCCUGAGGACGAGCAGGUGAAACGGUGCCCCGCUAUCUGCAGCUGAGUUCAAUCGGGGUUGAACGAGCAUCAUGUAGGCCUGAUAGGGAUGAAACCAAAGCACCGUUAGAUUGCUCGUCGCCGCGACCUUUUUUUCCCCCUCUUCCUUUUUCUUCUCGGGGUGUCCGAAAAUGCUCGAGAUGAUCCCAAUAAUCUGUCUGGCGAUGCUGCUUCCUGAAGUGGCUCAGUCAGCCGAGGGCCACUACGCCCACAAGCUCCUGAAUGACUUGAUGGAGAAUUAUUCCAGCGCCCUGCGGCCUGUGGAGGACACAGACCUGGCCCUCAACGUCACCUUACAGAUCACCCUCUCUCAGAUCAAAGACAUGGAUGAGAGGAACCAGGUGCUGAUUGCCUACCUGUGGAUCAGACAGACAUGGAAUGAUGCGUACCUGAAGUGGAAUAAAGAGGACUAUGACGGACUGGAGGUGAUCCACAUCCCCAGCAGCCUGGUGUGGAGGCCAGACCUCGUCCUCUAUAACAAAGCCGACGAUGACUUCUCCGGGCCGAUGGACACCAACGUGAGACUGCGCUACAACGGAGAGAUAACCUGGGAUGCUCCCGCCAUCACCAAGAGCUCCUGUGUGGUGGACGUCUCCUACUUCCCGUUUGACAGCCAGGAAUGUAACCUGACCUUUGGAUCCUGGACCUACAAUGGCAACCAGGUGGACAUCAUUAUGGGCAUGGACAGUGGUGACCUUUCAGACUUUGUGGAGAACGUGGAGUGGGAGUGCCAAGGGAUGCCUGCCACCAAGAAUGUCAUCAUGUACGGCUGUUGCUCCGACCCGUACCCAGACAUCACUUACACUGUGCUCCUGCAGCGCCGCUCCUCUUUCUACAUCUUCAACCUCCUCCUCCCAUGCUUCCUUAUCUCCUUCUUGGCCCCUCUGGGUUUCUACCUGCCUGCAGACUCUGGGGAGAAGGUUUCCCUCGGAGUGACCGUUCUUCUGGCUCUCACUGUCUUCCAGCUAAUGGUGGCUGAGAGCAUGCCCCCAUCAGAGAGUGUGCCCCUUAUAGGUAAGUACUACAUUGCCACUAUGACCAUGGUCACAGCCUCCACAUCUCUCACCAUCUUCAUCAUGAACAUCCACUUCUGUGGUGCAGAGGCCAAACCAGUCCCCCACUGGGCAAAAGUCCUCAUCAUCGACUACAUGUCCAAGAUUUUCUUUGUUUAUGAAGUGGGUGAGAACUGCACCUCCCCCUCCUCCACCUCUUCCUCUUCGUCCUCCCACUUCCCCCAGGAAGACAUCCGUCACCAGCACCUCGGCUCCCACGUUCAUGCGAACGGUAAACCAGGCAGCCACAGUGGCCAACAGGACUGGCAGAGUCACAGAUACCCCAGACCGCAGACCCCCAAGCCACAGCACCAUCCCAGAGUGAAGGCCCAGCACCACAUCAAGAGAGACGAAAGGAGCCACCUCUCCAGCUAUGCACCUGGGAAAUAUGAAGGCUCUAAUGGGAAAAUCGCUACAGGUGACUGCUGUAAAGAAGACCAGAAGGUCCCCUGCUGCCCCGAAGACCAGAAGCUUCCCUGCUGCCCUGAAGAUAAAAAGCCUCUACCUCCGGGCCCCACUGUGACCUUUGGCCCCUGUGUGUUCUGCAGCCAUGGCAGUGGCAUACCGGCUGUGGACAACAAGCUGGUGCGCAACGUCGAAUAUAUCGCCAACUGUUUCCGAGAGCAGAGGGCCACAUGCGCCAAAGGGGCAGAAUGGAAGAAGAUCGCUAAGGUGAUGGAUAGAUUCUUCAUGUGGAUCUUCUUCAUCAUGGUUUUCCUCAUGAGCAUCCUCAUCAUUGGGAAGAAACCGUGAGCGAGCGGUGCUGCUUUUCGACAUUUGACUCGUUAAACUCUCUAGGGUCAAAUAAAAAGGAACUAUUUUGUGUUUUAUAAACAUGUUGUACGAUGAUGUGGCUUUUUUCUGUAUUAAUGACAGUAUAGAUUACAGUGAUUUAAAAAUAAACAAAUUUA